UGCCAAUGAGUGUGAGUGUGAGUGUGAGGCCCAGCGUGGGAACGGAGAGAGAGGCAGGCAGCCAGAGGUCGCAGUGUCGUGUGGUGCGUCGGCCUGGUCGGACGAGCCCACCGCCCCUGCUCCAGACACCGCCGCUCCACACCACCACACCCGCCCUCACCUCACCGCUACGCCAAGCCAGGACGCCGCCGUCGCCGCCGCCACAUCCGUCCUUAACAUUAAACACGGACAAAAAGGAAGCGCCGCAACAGAUAACCAACACAACAGAAAAAAUGAAGGAGCAGUCAUGGCAGAUAACAAUAACAAUGGUUCUCAUACUGCUGAAUGUAGCGAUGGCUACCCAGACCAUAGGUACAGGCAAGCGAGGUCAACUUUCAGGCCGCUACAAGGGUCGGAAGGACUUUAAACCCAUUACUGGAACAUAUCCUUCAGUGGAAGCUAAGGAAUACUACACAAACCCCAAGGGUGCUAAAAUCACAAAAUCCUCCCACUUCAACUACCAGUACGUAUUGGGUCACAAGAUUGUAUUUCUGUGCGUUGCCAGAGGUUCUCCACUGCCACAGAUAACUUGGUUUAAAGAUGGUGUUGAACUUUAUGCUCACAGAUAUAUGCAGCUACACGAGUGGAAGAAGGGUGACCACCUGAAGAGCAAAAUGGAAAUUGACCCAGCAACACAAGCAGAUGCUGGCAUCUAUGAAUGCCAUGCCAACAAUAAGUAUGCAGUGGACACUAAAGCCUUUCGUACCACCUAUAUUGCACAGUUUAAUUAAGUCAUAAAUAAUUUAUGAUAAUUUAAAACCAAAUUGAAGAACCAAGUAAACAUAUGCACUGUUACUCCUGAUGUGACAAUUCCAGUGUACUUAUGUAUGGGCAAAUGACUUCCAUUAUGAACAGGAUGAACCUAAUGUAGACAUUAUUCAAUGGUAGAUGACUUCCAAGUGACCAAUAUCUGCAUAUUUACGGUGCCUUGAGUAAGUCACCAUCAGAGAAUACAGUGGUCGGCAAUACUGCUCACUCUCCAUACUAUCAUUUUUCUCAAGUCUUAUUAUGAAAUGAGUAGCAGUUCAAUUUACAUAGCAAAAAUUUUUGUGCACUGAAAGUACACACAUCAAAGAAAAUUUAGUCUAUUUUCAAGCCAAAAAUAAUAUAAAAUUUAAAGUACAGUAUUAAAAUGCCCCUUUCUGAGCAGACAUGCAAGUGCUACCCCCAGCCAUAGACCGAGUCCACCCAGGACACUGUUCACAUGCCAGGCCCUCGGAGACCUUUCCUCUGUGACUAGUAACUUUUGAAUAGACUUUGUGCAAUAGUCUAGGGGGGGGGAAACGAUAGAGGGCCAAGACCAAAAAUCAGAUCAAAACUAAAACCUUCAAGUGAUAAUCGCAACAAAAGGAGAGCCAGUUAAAUUUCUGGAAAUUAUCUAAUGACUAGCCAUCCCAUGGUCACACUUAGGGUCAGUGAAGCCAGCUAACCUUACUUAAAGCCCAGGCCACCCAAAUAUGCUCCCAAAAGCCAAGAGCAACUAAUGGUCCACUCAGAAUGGGGCAUUUCAAUGCCCUAAAUGGUUUAUUAGCAGAGCCCCUCAGAUGCUUACCCUAGCCAACUUCCCCAGUCAAAAUAAGGACAUAGGCAGCUUGCCAGAGCAUGGCAACUGACAAGAGAACAAACAUGGUACAAAGCCACAAGGUGAUCAGGGAAAGAACCAACUUCCGAUGCCUCAAGCUACACCUACAUACAUGGAAAAAUAUUAGUUUUCUUU